CGUUAAUAUGCCGUCAAAGAAAUAAAAGAGUGUAAGAAGCUAGAGCCCACCAUCAUUGAUAAGAUUUCAAUAAAAUUCAAAUGAAUAAAUAAACCCGUUCGAAAUGUUACCGGUCAAUUGAAGUGUCAACAUGUUUAGAUUCAUUGUUUUUUGUAUCCUUAUUCGCAAUAGCUGCGCGAAAACCAUUCUUGUCGAAGAGCUUACAAAAUGGACAUUAAGAAAUGAAACCUCGUCGGUAACUAUUGACGUUCCUAGACUUCCGAGCGGAGUAUAUACAGCGCUCAAGGAUACUUACGGCGACUUGCUAGGCCCGGAAAAUGACGUAUCCUUGCGAUGGAUAGCCAACAUAUCCUGGAUUUAUAGCACUAGCUUCUACAGUGCUGAAAUGGAGCACGACGGUCAGGUAAACCUGACUCUUCAUGGAAUCGAUACCGUGUCCAAGGUGCGCCUAAAUGGUGAGCUACUUGGGGAGACGGACAAUAUGUUUGUCCGCUAUUCGUUCAUCAUCGGCCACCUGCUUCUGCCCAGUCCCAAUCAAAACAUUUUGGAGAUUGAGAUUCUCUCACCUCUGCAGGAGGCCAGCAGACGCGCCCGAGAAUUUGAAGACUUGGGCGUCAACACUGGGCCUAUUAGCUGUCCAAGUGCUCGGGGCGAUGUCGAGUGCCACCGGAAUCUUUUACGCAAGAUGCAAAUGAGUUUCGGCGGGGAAUGGAACCCAGCAGCACUUUCCUCGGGUAUAUGGAAAACAGUGGUAGUCGAGUAUUACGCAGUGGCCGUAUUGCGGGACAUCGAUGUGGCCAUUAAGCGGAACGACACACACUGGACGAUGGACUGCCGUGCCUUCCUUAGCACCCAUGCGACAACGGACUUUUACGCCCAACUUGUUGUUCAUGCCAAUGAGCUUUUGGAUGAUCCCUAUGUCGUCGAAAAGCGAAAGGUAUCUUUCGGAUCGCCAGUGCUAGAGUUUAAAGUUCACAUACCCAAAGAUCGUGUUAUUUUGUGGUGGCCUAACGGCUAUGGUACGCAAAAGCUCUAUCCAGUUCAUUUUUCAGCUAAGUGCUUUAUCAGUGAAAUGGCUACUACCCUGAGCUCACGAUCGGAGUCCCAAAAGCUAUUAAAGAUUGGCUUCCGCACUAUAGAUCUUGUGGAGGAUAAAGACAGUAUUGGCAGGACCUUUUUUUUCCGGGUCAACGGACACCCGAUCUUCAUGAAGGGAGCGAAUUAUGUGCCUGCCCACACACUGCCAGAGUUAUCAGCUGAUGCGGAUGCGGUGGAAUAUUUGCUUAAGACUGCACAUGACGCCAAAAUGAACAUGAUUCGCGUUUGGGGAGGCGGUCUUUACGAGUCAGAGAAUUUCUACAACUUUGCGGACUUUUAUGGCCUGUUGGUGUGGCAGGAUAUGCCGUUUUCCCAUGCCGCUUACCCUCGGUCGGGGGAUUUUGAAGCCUCUGUGCGCGUGGAGACGGUACAAAAUGCUCAGCGUGUUUCCUACCAUCCCAGUUUAGCAUUAAUCGUGACCAAUAACGAAAUUGAGCUUUUUCUGGUAAAUAACAAAUCUGACUUCGGGGAAAACGAAACACAGGUGGAGAGCGAAUACAAAGCUUUGUUUAUUGACACUAUAUUUGAAGAGUUGAAGGUUAUUUCUCGAAGCGAUUUCAGUCCUCGCCCUGGCCCCAUGAUCUCCACGCCUUCGCUGGGCAUCGCCGAAUCCCUCCAGGAUCACAUUAACAAUCCACAAAGCCCAAACUACGGAGAUGUGCACUUCUGGGACAAUAAAGAUGGAUUUAGCCCUGAAAACUAUCCCCGCGCUCGAUUUAUUUCGGAAUUUGGUUACGCCAGCCUUCCAAUAAUGUCCACGUGGCGACGGGCCAUAGGUGAUAAUGCAAAUGGUAGCAACCACGAAGUUGCAGCACUCAUUCGAAGUCGUCAGCACGAUCCCAAGGGGUUCAUUCCGAUGCUUCAAUUAAUUGCUUAUCAACUACCGUUUGUUCCUCAGAAUUGGGAUGAAAACAUUGAGAAGUUCAUUUAUUUUAGCCAGGUGGCUCAAGCCAUGGCGACUAAAACGGGAUUUGAAGUAUUUCGUAGUCUACGAACCGGCAACCAUACAAUGGGUGCUCUUGUUUGGCAACUUAACGAUGUAUGGGUGGCUCCCACUUGGUCCUGCAUUGACUUCUAUGGUAACCUUAAAAUGGUAUACUACUGGGCCAAGGAAUUCCUAGCCCCAACGAGCGUUAUAGCGCUGUACGACAAUAACUCCGAUAGCCUCAACAUCACGCUUACCAGGGAGGACUUCUCUGAACAUAGGGACUCGCAGUUGUAUUAUGUUCUGGUCAACACGUAUCUAUGGACGGACUUGAUUGCUAAAAAGACCAUAGCCCGCGCUUUUGGACUAGGUUCCAAUGACCUCGAAGUGCGCCAAAUACCUCUACAAUAUUUGCUGUAUGAAAACUAUUCUAAGAAGGAAAUAUUUUGGGAAAUAGUUUUGGAGGACGAAUAUGGCGACUUAGUCGCUAGAACCUAUUUUUACCCGGUACCUAUAAAAGAUAUUGUGGGCAUUAAAGAUCCAGAUUUAACGCUAGAGGUUGCAGGCCAAGACUGCAGAACAGCAACAUCACCGUAUGCUAAUAGUUUCAGCCUGCGCAUCACCGUGAAAUCCCCGGCUCUACUUGUAUACCUCGAGCUAUCGCACCCAGCUUAUAUUAAGGAGCGGCACAAAUUCUCGACAAACGGCUUUACUCAGACACAGCCGAAAAAAACUGUACACUUAACGUUUGAAAACGACUCGGAAUGUUUGAUGUUAAAUACCAGUCACAUACGGGUUCAAACAAUGAAUCAAUAUUUAUUAUGAUUUACACCAGCG